UGUCAUCAGUUCAUUCAUCAUCAGUAUCACUCACAUCAACAGUAUUGACUACUUCAUCAGUGAUGUCUGUACCAGUGAUAAUAUCUACUUCACCAGUAGCAACUACUUUAUCAACAAAUUCAACAAUUUUAACAUUUACAACUAAUUCAACUGUUCUAACUGCUUCAUUAAACACUUCAUCAACUAAAUCUACAUCAUCAGUUACUUUUAUGUUAUCAGUGUUGUCUAGUUUGUCAGUAUCAACUACUUCAACAGUACAACAAGUUACAAGUAGCUCCAUCAUAAGCAGUACUACAGAUACUCCUACCAUCAGUAGUUCUACUUCUAUUCCUACCACUAGAUUAACUAGUACAUUAGUGACAGGCACUUUAACUGUUUCAUUCCCGAGUGUUUCAAAACCUUUAUCUCUAACUCAUUCAUUCCUAUCUUCUUUAUCCCCAACAUCUUUAUCCUUAUCCGUAUCAUCUUCAUCCAACGUAAUUUCACCUUUGUCCUCAUCUUCUUCAUCUUUAAAUUUGUCAUCAGUCACUUCUAUAACUUCUUCAUCCCCAACUCCUUCAUUGACAGCUCCUUCAUCCAUAUCUUCUUCUUCAUCAAUUAUUGGACUGGCUUCUGGGAUAUCAAUUGCACUACUAAUUAUAAUAAUUGUUGUUAUAGUAAUUGUAGUGGUAGCAGCAACAGUUCGAUUUAAAAAGAGAAGAGGAAGAAUGGAAGUGACUACUGGUAACAUUUAUUCAACUGGACCAAAUAUGAUUCCAUUGAAUGGUGUAGAGAGAGAUGAUCCUCCUCCUAAUACUCCUCCAGCAGUAGUUCCCCCACCUAUUUACACAGAGGUACGUCGCUUUAAGGAUAAGAGUGAGAGAGGAGUGUAUGAUAAAGUGUCUCGUGUGUCAGCUAAUGGACAUCAAACAGAUCACAAUGUUGAUAGCAAUGGAAGCUAUUAUUCUACUCUCAAUGCACAAUCAGGAACUGUAUACGACACAUUGCAGUACAAUAAUAAUAGUAAUCCAGUACAGCCUAGAGUCAUACCCUCUCAAGAGAAUUCUAGUCAAUAUUCCAGUUUAGGUGUUGUAGCUCAAGCUUCUAAACCUAGUCCAGUUCCUCAUAGUCAGUAUUCUGUUGUUAGUGUAGAUAAUAUGCCUACUGGUGGGACUCCACUUGUCCAUAAAGAAUUAACACGUGAUUGCUUAUCAACUUAUGUUGUUCCUCGCCUAACAAGAAAGUGGUACGAAAUAGGACUUGCAUUAGCAUUGACACCUCCCGAACUUGAAGAGAUGAGGAAUAAAAAUGAAGGAUUGGUAAAAGUGUUUCAAGUAUGGAAGGAAAUGGGUACACGGCCGUUUACAUGGUUUACUUUAUUGAAUGUUUUGAGAUCAGCUGAUGUUGAUGAGUAUGAAUUAGCUGAUGAGUUAUCUAAACUAUAAUUGUUAUUG